AUGUCCGGCUCACGCAAGAAAACUGGAUGUCUCAACUGUCGCAAGCGACACAAGAAAUGUGACGAGCUACGGCCACGAUGUACACUGUGUACGAAAAAGAACGAGGAGUGCCAGUGGCCGUUGUUACGUGGCCGAUUCCAUCAGCAUUCUCACACCACAAUUGAUUCGAAGGUGUUCAAGCCUACGACGCCGGCACAGGUGGAUACGACUCUAAAACUCAAAGUAUACUCUGGCCGUCUCAUUGAAAGCUUGAAGAAAAUGAAGAAAAACUCCACGGACACCAAUGGUUCAGGUCCUAUCCGAAGAAAUGAGUCCACGGAAUCUUUCACACAAUUGAUGAAUAAUACAAUGUCACCAGGUUCAGAGCUGUGGCACGAUGGUUCACUUCCGACGGUGAAACCAGCGCUUUCGUCUCAGGCCAUAUUUACACCUAUAAUGGAGCGGAAAGACAUUGCCAAAGUUGAAACAUAUUCAGGUUCGGCGAUCACUAAGUUUGGACUCGACCACAUACUUAACCCUCACGAGAAUUCCAAAACUCUAGAGCCCGACCUUGCAGAGCCUACGCAGAAGAUAGACACGGGCGGCGAAACGGAUGAGAUAAUGGAGCCUUUCAUGUUGUACUCGGAUCUCCACAGCACCCUACGAGACUACAUGUUCACUAACGCUGCUGUGGCAGACAUGGAUUUUGAUGCUAUUUCUAACCACUUUAAGAAUUCUCCGCUUACUGUGUUCAAUUUGGAACAUCUUGACGAGUUCAAACGGCCCGAAUCUACUGAGAACUUCCAGGAAAUGGGAGAACGACUCAAGACGUUUGUACGAGAAGGUAACGAGGGAACCAUUGGUGACGCCCAGCUUGGAGAUAGCCAGAAACUCCAGUUGUAUCAGAACUACUUGUACGAAAUUGCUCCCUGGCUAGACAUGUUUGAUAUCACCAGAGUGUUUGGCACCAGAAUACCCCAGUUGGCCAAAUCCAGCAAUGCACUUCUCAAUGCCAUCUAUGCCAUUUCCUCUAGGCAGAUCGAAUUGACCACCCCUGAUUACAACAAGGACAUCACUUUAAAGUUGUAUCAAGCUUCAUUGAAAGAACUAAUCCCUCCGGUGACAAAGAAAAUCGACACGGCAAUGAUUACAUCCUGUGUCUUGCUUUGUGUCUUGGAGAUGAUGUCGUCGUCUCCAAAUGACUGGAGGUAUCACUUGGAGGGCUGUGCUGCGCUUUUCAAAGCUAACGAUAUCCAUGGGUUUUCUGCUCAGAUGGAGAGAGGCCUCUUCUGGUGCUAUGCUCGAAUGGAUAUCUGUGCUGCAGUCAUCAGUGAGAAGAGCACCAUCAUCAACUCUGAAGAUUGGCUUCCAAAGAAUGUGACCAUAGAGAUGCUGCGAGAGCACUUUUUGAAAAGCGAUUGUGCAGAUAUGUACGCCAAUUACAUGGUAUUCUUGUGUUCUCGAGUUCUUAAUCUCAUUUCCAAUGACAACGAAAAUUCUCAGUAUUCUCAGGAUUGGGAAAAGUUAUGGGAAGAACUCAUUCGAUGGCAUGCGGAAUGUCCUGAAGAACUUAGACCUUUCGCUGAGUGUGAAGAUACUCCUUUUCCGGGAAUAUUGUAUCUUGCGGGUCCAGCUGUGUCUUCGAACCAGCUUUAUCAUAUGGCUAUUAUUCUAAUGAUAGAGAACAAACCUCGACGUUACAAGAUAGUAGCGUCAGAUCAUGUGGUAUGUCCCAGCAGUGUUUUUAUUUCCCCAGAAUGUUACUAA